GUAAAGAGGGAAGUGGGUAAAGCACUGUUGUUGUUGCAUGCUUCGCCAUGUCUUAUUGGGGCAUGUGUGCCUAGACUUUUUUAGUAUCUUUAUGGCUUAAAAUAUGUCUUCAAGGAUGAAGCUACGCCCUUCGACAGAGAUCUGUGCCGAUUGUAGCGCGCCCGGUAGGUUUGUGCCUUGCUGUCUUACGCAUGAAUAGUAGCAUGCGAAUUACCCACUUGAUUUAACGCCUAGUUUUGAUGUUUGAAGAUUUCAUUCUUGUUCUCGGGGAUGUUAGAUUGAUUUGAAAUUUUUAAAAAAUAGGACCAGAAUGGGCAUCUGUGAAUCGCGGCGUGUUUAUCUGCGACGAAUGCUGCAGUGUUCACCGCAGUUUGGGUCGUCAUAUUUCCCAAGUGAAGCAUCGGAGACAUUCUUCCUGGAGUCCAACUUUGCUAGCGGUUCGUACGAAAUUCAUUAUACUAACAUCCUAGUAGAAGUAACUAUUUUUAUAUGCUGUGUUUUUAGUGUCAACAGCGACUUCUUUAUUGUUUAAGAGCAAUUUUUUUUUUCAUGAUCCAACAAGUGUGGUCGAUUACAAAUUUGUAUUUUUUCUGAUCAUUCGCUCUGUUGUGCGCCCAUCAAUUGAAGUAACUUCCGAUUGAACCUACAAUCUAAAAGAUUAUCUAAAAUGUAUGUGCGUUGUAUUAAAAAGCAUAGGAAAAAAAUUUAAGUUUGUUGUGAAGUUGUGUUUUGUUGAUCUUUGUAAAGGCAAGAUUACACCGAUUGCAUCCUUUACAGUUAGUGAGGUCUCAUUCGAUCGUGUCUUUUGAAGAGGUCAUUGUCUUUUACAAAUGACACUUCUUUAUUCCCAAUGAGAGCAAGGUCCAAGAUUUUGGUGCAACUUGUGUAGAAUGAUGUUUAAUAAUUUUUUUUUAAAAUUAAAAGUUACAUUUUGGGCGUGAAUUGUCCUCGAUUACUAACCAAUUUGUGAUAUUUCUAUUGUCAAUGUAAAAUCAGUUCGUCAUGUGAAUCAUUCAGCAGAGCUGACUAAUGCAGCUGGCAUUUAGGAAUUGUUGAAAACUUAAUUGCAAGAAAACAAGCGUUUCUUUGACUUCAUCGAGCUCAAAAAAAAGAAUUUUAACUGAACAUGCUUAAGAUUUAAUUUUGGUAAUUAAGAAAAUCAAGAGCCCUUGUCCGAAAGUGUUGCAUAUAAUUGUGCAAAAUGAAAAUCAGAGAGGAUCCUCAAACUUUGUCAGAACAUGCAAGGAGACAUUUUUAAACUGUUUCAAUUUAAUAAGAACUUUAUUUUUCGUGAAUUAAUGAGAAAAACAUUGAAUAAGAGGCUUUGAACUGGCUGUAACCAUCUUGAAAUUACACAGUUAAAACUUGUUCAAAAAUUCAACAAGGAAGUAACUCUAUAAAUGAUUUCAUUCCUAGAAAUAGGACAUGUUUAGCAAUAGACUAAAAUUGAACUGUCAAAUUUAAAAGCAUUACAAAAUUUUCUUGAGAAAUUAAGUUUAUUAACUUAUUUUCUUUUCUUUUGAGGGACAACAGUAUUUACAACUUUUGAUAUAGUUUAAGGUAUAUAGGGGCAUAUAUUUUGCUAAUUGCAUUGUAUGAGCAACAAGAAUUAUUGCCUGCUUGUAAUAUUAGUUAAACCAUCCUAUUAUAUCUAUAUUUUGAGAAACAGAAGGAAAGGUUUAACUAAUUUAAAACUUAGUUGCCAGAAACCACCGUAAUGCACAUUAUUAAGGUAAUUGACUGAGUUGCCACAGGAGCCAGAAAUGAAAUGAACUUCCCAGUGUGGUGCAAAAAUUAAAAAAUUUAAAUAACCAUUUUCAUGGCCACGUCUUGUCUCUAUACCUGUCUCAUGACAGAGGCUAACAGUCCAUUGUAGAGUGCAAAUACACCUUGUGUUGGAGCAAUAUGAACUGCCAUGGACAAAAGUCUCCGUUUAGCUGCUUUGUGUGCGAGUAGUCGAUAUGGCGGCAAUAGCGACCUUUAGUAGUUUGUGUCGACUUUCCUUGCCACUAAUUCUUAGUCUUCAGCUCUUUGAAAGGAACAACCAUUACAUACAACAAAAUGCUCUUCUUUCGAUGAAAGUCUUAUUUAUUUGACUUUCACUGAGCACAAACAUAUAAAUAUGAUAAAUAAUAGUUAGAUGACAGUUAACGUAAGUUUGUAAAAAAAGAAGAGGAAAAAAAACUGAAAAUAACAAUAGUGAAGAGAAAAACUCAGUGAGGGACAGUCAUGACAGAGCAAGCUCCAACUAGGUGAAAGCCCAAUAAAAAUAAUGGUAGGGGAGAAUUUAAGAAAAAUGCAAAUAAAAUUGAUAAUUCACUAAAAUAUCAAAAUAUGUGUAUAUGAUAUAAGAAUUUAUGUGUAAAAAAUAUAUAUCAAUUCUUAUUAUUAAUAUCUACUAAAAACAAUACUGGUGAAAACUGCUUAAAUUCCUAAUAGAAAAGCUCUUAAGACAAAAUGAUUUCCAAGUAUAAACAUUAUCCUGAUCAAACGUUUCAAUAAGUGCUUUUUUAUAAUAUUUAACUAAAGCUGCUUUGAAAGCGUUAACGCUGGGUAAGGUUCUUACUGGCAAAAACCUGGAAUUCCACAAUUGAACAGUUCUAUUGAAAUAUAACUACGUUGAAAUAGUGAUGUUCUGCAUUUUAAAGGCUGAUAGUCUAAAGAGCAGCUAUGACGAGUGGACCUGGUUAUGACUUUAGGUUGGACAAACUCUGUAAUGUCAAUGUUAUAUACCGUAUUUACCCAUGAAUAAAUUGACCCCCCAUUUUGAAGCCCAAAAAUAAGUUUUUCUUAUUUCUAGGCAAGAAUUUCCUUGAAAAACUAAUCUUAUAUUUCUUAGAAUUUUCUUUCAGGUACUAUGGUUAUAUCAAAAAAAUCACAGCAAGUUUGGAUGUGAAGUUUAUUAUUGCGUGUACGCGAGUGUUUUAGUGUGUUUUAGCGACACGUGUAAGCAGCAUUUUCUUCACAAUUUUUGAAAUUCACAAUUCACAAGUUUUGAAAUUAUUUCUAUCUAUAAGUAGCAUUUUGAUUGGUUUGUGUUUAGUUACUGAAUGCAAAAAACACAAAAGAACUUACCAACAGCAAUUUAAUUGGUAAAGGUGGGUAACAACCAAAACAAAAACCCUGCCAACCAGCAUUUUAUUGGAACAUGUGCUAAACAAAGUCCUCGUGCUCACACGAUACAAAGCCAGGUUACUAAGCAGCAAAACUUUGAAGCGAGAAAUAUGGCUUUCGUCGAGCGGAGUUACCACUUUAUCGGCUGCAACUAUCAGUUCUUUAUUGAAGAAUUGUGCCAGUGAAUAUCUACAACAUUGAGCUUUAUGUUAGGAGAUAAAUCUUAAAGCAUUUAAACUUAGACUGCUCGAGUUGUGCAGGGAAAAGACAUCGGAACUUGUGCUGUGUAAAAGUGGAUUGUUUGUUUACAUAUCAGACAAUUAUUAUGCUAAUUUGUCCUGAAAGUUUUUUUAUCUCAGAUUUUGACCUAUGUAUAAGUCGAGGGCAAUUUUUUGGACCGAUUUUUAGGUAGUAAAAGGUUGACUUAUACACGGGUAAAUAUGGUAUGCCAUUAAUGGCCUUAAAGAAAAAUACUAAAUCCCUGAUUUCAUGCCAAUAAGACACUGGCAAGAGGUUCAGUUUAAUAAGACUUUCCUUGUAAGGAAUUAGGGCAUCUGGAUACCCUAAGAUAUACUUUGUUGCUCGACAUUGAACUCCCUCAAUUGUGCAUAAACCACCUAUCUGCAGAGGCGUCCACACUUCAAUAGCAUAGCUAAGGUAAGAUCGCACCAGGCUCAGAUACAGAGAGCACUUAACUGACACUCCAAAACAAGGGUCAGAGGAUCUGUAAAGAAACCCCAGUAUUUGGUUGGCUUUUGAUGACGAGGAAAUGAUGUGAGAACUCCAUUUGAGAUUGUUGUUAACAACAACACCGAGAUCUUUUUGGGUGUCGGUUUGAGAAACAACGUGAUUUCCAAUAUUAAAGGUGCCUUGAAUGGGAGAUUUCUUUCGGGUUACAUGUACAGCUUUGCAUUUGUCGAGUUCAUCAGUUCAAAUCAUUGAUAGUCCAUAGAAAAAGCAAUGGCCCCAGAAUGCUGCCUUGAGGUACUCCAGAGAGAACAGGGAGGGACAAAGAUGUUGUGCCUUUAAUUAACACUUUCUGGGACCUGUUUGUUAGAUAAACUGUAAACCAUUGGAACAAAGAAUCAUUAACACCAGAAGCUGUGAGUUUAUGUAAUAAAAGAGAAUGAGAAACAGUGUCAAAUGCUUUGGACAGAUCUAAAUAAACAAUUUCAGAUUAAAGUGAGUUAUCCAGGGCCUGUCCAAUUUUAUGAAGAAAGCAAAGCAUCUGAAUGACUGUCAAUUAGCCACUCAAAAAUCCAUGUUGCCAAGAAGAUAAGGAACUGCUUAAAUGGUUGAUUAACCUAUUGAAAAUAUAACUUUUGAGCACUUUGGACAGAAUACAAAGCCAAGAAAUAGGCCUGUAGUUUUCUGCAAGUUCUUUAUUACCUUUCUUAUGAAUAAGUAUAACCAAUUCUUAUUUUCAUAAUUCAGGUAGCACACCAGAAGAAAGAGAUUUAUUGAAUAGUUUAAAGAGUUCCACAUGCUUGGAUCAUUUAUAUACAACUUGAUAUAAAUUGAUCAUUUAUAUACAACUCAUUCGUUUUUUAUUGCUAAUAUUUCAGUGCCAAAGAUCGGUUUGUCAGAUCACCUUCCUGUAUUUUUCAGAUGAAAAUACACCAGGAAUAAAUGGGAUGGAGCAUAUAAAUUCAUAGAAUAUUGUGAUUAUAAAAACUUAAACAAAGAUAAUAUACUGCUUCAUUUAGACAACCCCUCAUGUGACACUGCCUUUGAAUUGAUAUGUGUUAAUUAAUGAGGUUCUCGAUUCAUAGGAAAAUAUGCUAAAUAAAUUAAUUGCCACAUUCCACUGAAAACAAAGCAAGUGAAAAGAUGAAUUCAACCUGCCUGGAUGACAACUGAAGUUCAUGAAAGCAUAAAAACAAGGCACAAGUUGCUAAGAAGAGUGCAAAAGACAAACAAGCAGGGAGAUUGGAAUCAACACUCCAACACUAAAUGCAAAACUGCCAAUAUCAUCAAAAGAUCAAAAUGAUCCCUUUUUUGUGAGCAAAUUGAUGAAAAUAAAGGAAAUCCUAAGGGCAUUUGGAAUGCCCUAAAAAACCCAAGUGGCUUAGGCAAACAAAUGACUAAAAUCAUGGAAUUAGAGACGGAAAAUGAGACAGUGUAUGAUGAGUCAUCCAUAGCCAAUGAAUUAAACAACUAAGGCAUUACCUUACCUUACAUUACUUCACCUAGAUAGAUUUUAAAUUUAUUAUAGGUCAUGGAGAGGUUUAUGCAGGUGUUAACUUUUCAGCUACAAGUUCUCCAUGCCACCUUAAUGAUAGGGUAUUUCUUGUUAACUAAAUGUUUCAUGGGAUUUCAAGGGAGUAAAGCCGAUUGGGAUUGUCUGAAUAAAGUUUGUCUGCACUAACAUAAUAAAGAUUUCUCUUCAAAUUGAAAGGAAUUUUUCUGAAAACAGUAUCACUAGGCCAACGUGAAAGUUCUGGUAAAGCUUGGAGAUUUUUAAUGAAUUUUAUGUCGUACAUCUUCAGUGUAGUCUUUAGUUAUGAUGGAAUCUCACUCUCCUAGUGGUAGACAGGUGUACAUAUUUCAGUAUGAUCUUGACUUAUUAUUUUAUUUUGACUUCCACUUUGCUCUUUAGAUGGUUCGACAGCUUGUGACAAAUGGGGCAAACUCAAUUUGGGAACAUUCACUUUUGGAUCCAAAUCAGAUGAAGAGUGGAUUAAGGAAACCAAAUCAAAAAGAUCAUGUUCAGUAUGUACUGAAUUUUCUUGCUUUACACCGGGUUUUGAAAAAACAUUUUGGGUCUCCCAAGUUAGGUUGUAGUAAUGUUAUGGGAGAGCUCCAAUACUUUGGAAAGAAAUGAAGCAAUUGUAAUGUUCUUAUCCUAGCUUUAGGCAAUUGAGACCCCUCGCUGUGGUUCAUUGGAGCAUAUUGCUGCACUUCUGAUUGUCAACCAUGUCAUGCAUGUGCUUCAGUAUACAUGUUAAUGACUAAAAAUGUUCUACAGCUGCAAAUUUAAUUGAGGUGUUCAGAUUGUAAGGCCAGUUGCGUAAACCUCUUUUAACCCUCUUCAACCUAACAUCAGUAUAUAUACAUGUAUACCCUACAAUGUUCUGCAUAACUUUCACAAGGUGCUGACUUGGAGUAUUUUUGUAACAAUCAAGAGCUUCUACAGCUUGUGAUCAUACCUAAAUGAGAUGGUAGUCACUCUUUGGGGCCAGGGGUUGACCAAACAUGCUUGGUGACAUGUUCCAUUUUUAACCUAACUGUAGUGUGGUAUGGUGUGGGAGAUAUUCUUACUUAUUUUUGUCAGCAGAAGUACCUCACUACCCCCUGGUUGAUCAAUAAUGCAAAGGAAUUGUAAUCAUUUAAGUAGAGUUUGGAUAGUUAUUAAGGCAACUGUUAGCUUGACUACAUAAGGAUCUCCCAUUAGGAAGGUGAUGCUUAAGGAUGAAUUUCUGGAUACACAAUUGAAUUGAGAACAGAAAUCUUUGAAAACAGAACUCAAAGAAAUGAGUAACAAUGUGGUUCAGUAGUUUAUAUUUUUUCAUUCAAAUAGCCAGUUUCUGACUGAUGGUGGUUUUCAUAUUUUUAAGUACCACAAAGUCCACAUUCAUCAAAGCAAAAUAUCAGAGGCUUGCAUUUGUCCCUCGUCUUCCUUGCAAAGAUGAUGAUACCAUUACUGUCUCAGACCUUAGCCAGGUAAGUUGCAGUGUAUCCAGAAAGCAGUAUAGUCUCCUUUCAACAUCUUAAUGUUGUGGUUCAAAUGUUCAUUGAAUUCGAAAUUUUGCAAGUCAUGAUAAGUGUUCUCUCCUUUUGCUUCUCUUUAUAGUCAUUGUAUUUAGUUUCAUACUUAGCAUACACCCUGUAGUAUUUGUUUUAAAUUGCUUUCUUAGUCUUUUUAAGUGCCCAAGCAAUUAGUGGAUUUGUUUGCCAUGUAAAUGCAGUUUUAUUCAUUAUUUUGAUUACCUGAAACAAAGGAAAGUAAAAAUAAAACUGUUGUGAAAAAGAAUUAAAUCAAUGAAAAUUUUGAGGACAUGAUAGUGCUGUAUAAGUGUAUAUACAUUGUACACUAGCCUGUGUGGAGAGCCUCAAACAUCAGGGACAGGCUGCCAGGGUUGCCAAGUUAACAUCACUUUAUUAGUUUUAAAGUUAGCCAUUCACACUGGGUAGUAAGUGGCAAGAGUAAUAACUGAUACAUGGGACCAAUAUGGCAAGAUGCAACAUAUCUGUUUCUAACAAAAAGCUUAUCAAUGCUAGUGCAAUAAUCAUAUGUGCACCCCACAUAGUUCCAUACAUGGUAAGGAACUGUGUGACUUAACACAACAGGUGUGAAGCAGGGUUUUUAUUAGAAGCCGAGUCCUGGGUGCUGGCACCUGUCUACUUUGAACAGAGUGCCCGGUUACUCAAAGCACGAAAUUUGAAAAAAAAAAAUUGUCAAGAAAAAAAUUAUCAACCUCAAUAAAUAUCAACUCUUCCCUGUUAGUUUAAAACCAUUUCCCAGCACAAAUUUACCAAUAACUUGCCAUCAGAUCAUGGAGAAGGUGCUGCGCAACAAUCGUGUUCUUCCUGAAGUGCUUGAUUAGCUAUUACAUUUUUCUUGCAUGUCACGUCUGACACAUUAAAAGGCAAGUGUGUUUUGCAGAGUCAGUGUGGCAAGCAAAUAAAAAACUCAAGGUGUCCUGGAUUCUUUUUUGUCAUUUGCAUACAAGAAGUCAAAAAGUUAGUUUUGAGCAUGUCUACACUUAUAUUGAUUACACAUUCCUUGGAGCAUCAUUUGCGUAUGAAAGGUCAAGUGUAAUGAAAAUUAACUUUAUGUUUUCCAGUUUUAAUUGGAUUACAGCCAGUGAGAUGAUUUUUUGAAAAAAUCGCAUAUCCUUUCUGUGCAUUCCAUUAUUUAAACUGUUUAUAAAACACUUUGUAUUUUUCUGAAAUAUAAUUCAGGAUUUAAAAUAAACUGCAAGAGAUGAAUGUAGCUGUAAAAGAUGCUCAUCAGCUAACUCGUGUGUCUAAAUAAGCCAAUGUUUUGUUGGCUUUCAAAGCUUUAAGAAUAUUCUGAGUAAGUGAAAGAAACUUGAAAGAAACUUGAAAGAAACUUUGUUCCAAUUUAAUUUUCAUUUAAGAUUAAGCUAAGAAAUGCAUUAAAAAACAUCGAAAAUUUCAAAUGUGAAAAUUUGCUUUGGCCUGUUCUGACACUGAAAAUUUGUCAGUUUCACUCUUUAUCAGUUUAUAAGUUUAAGUUAGCUUGUAACAGUAGUUAGCUUAAACUGCAUCUCAAUAAGCCAACAUUUUGUUGGCUUUCAAAGCUUAAAUAUUUGGAGCAAGUGAAAGAAACUUGAAAGAAACUUUUUUCUAAUUUAAUUUUCUUUCAAGGUUAAGCCAAGAAAUGCAUUAAAAAACAUAUCAAAAAUUUCAAACAUGAAAAUCUGCUUCAGCUUGUACUGACAUUGAAAAUUUGCUAGCUACACUCUUUAUCAGUUUACAAGUUUAAAUUAGCUUGUUACUGUAAGAAAAAAGGAGGCUCUGAGAACAACAGCAGUGUUUUGAUGUAGCUGUAGCUGUAUAGUGAAAUAAACAAAUUCUCCCAGAGUGUCAUUCUUUUUUUACCAUAAUUAGAAUAAGUAUGCAUCAUAGCAAGAUUUCUUUUCCAGAUUGCAGGAAAAUAUGCUUCUGGGAGACUUACGUUCUAAAAAUUUCCUGGGGGAGCAUGCCCCCAGAAGUUUGGGCCUUCAGCCCUUAAUUUUACAGGGUACCCACCUAUUCACGAGGCAGUGCCCUUCUACUUCAAAAGUUAAUGAAAAUCCUGUGUGAAGGGACUGCCUCUUUGAUGGGUGAAGUGUGCAAACAGCAUCUGUGGGUAAAGGGUUGCUAAGUGUACAUCACUUUUUUUAGUUUUAAAGUUGGCCAUUAGUUAUUUAUUGAAACUGUUAGUAUAAAGCAUAAUCCUUCAGUUUUCUCAAUUCUCAUUUUAAUUGUUAUGUUAAAGAACUGCGCUGUCUACAAUUGUAUUAUGUUACUGUAUGUAGAGGCACAGUGUGAGGUUCAAGCAGUAAUUUAUGUUUUUCUUAUUGUGCUUUGCAGCAACUUCAUUCAAGUGUAAGGACAGGAAAUUUAGAGACAUGUUUGAGACUUCUCUCACUAGGUGCUCGCCCAAAUUAUUUUCAUCCAGUAAGUGAACUUCAAAAAUACUAUUAAAAAAAAUGGUAAUAUGUAAAUGAACAAGCAAAUUACCAAUUUGAAGCUGUUGUAUUUUAUUACCUACUUUAGUUCAUUUAAGGUGGUUGAAGGGGAAUCAUUAUCUUUUUAACGUACUGUACUUAUAAUUUCUUUUAUGGAUGGAUGAUAUCAAACCAAUGCAGAUUAUUGCUUGAUAAGUUCUGCUAGUUUCUCUUGGUUACUCAAAAAUGAGCUUGGUACCCCUUUCUUUUUUUCAUUGUGUUAAGUUGAUUCCUCAGUAUUUACUGCCGUCCUGUUCUCUGCAUAAAAAUCACAUAAUCAGGCAAUUAAGUGUGUGUGCUUUCUGAGAAAACAGUAUUGUUUUUUCAGUCAAUGUACCAGGUAAAGAGGUAUGAUGGUCUUUGACCUGAAUUUUUUAUGGGAUAACUUUGGUGUACAAAUUAUCCCCUUUAAAUGGAAGAAAUUUAAAAAAAAAUUCACUGAAGGGGGAAAAAGAUAUAGUUAGAGGCAAAUACUAAGCCUGUUACUUAAUGAUGCAAAUUAUGACCGUGAAAGCAACAAAUAGUGGCAUAUUUUGAGUCAGUGACAUUUACAAUUGCAUGGUUUUUCCACAAAUUAUAUAUCAAAUUGUUCCCAUGGCUCCAGACUUUCUACCUAUCAAUUUUUUUAAGUGUAACUAAAAAACCUAUGCUUCCAGCUUCCCCAAAACCAAUGAAAUGACAUGCCUGUGUAGUGCUAGUACAGGCUUAUAUGGGGUAAGUUUGGCCCAUCAUAAUUAUAUUUUAAACAGGCAUAGUAAACUAUAUUUUAGUACAAGUGUAUAUGAUGACAGGUUUUACUUCUUUUGUCAUAUUUGUUGUCAUUGCUCACCCAAUAGGAUAGAGGUAAUACUCCGCUUCAUGUGGCAGCUAAUGCUGGGCAACCUUUACAAGUUGAACUCCUUAUUGUACAUGGUGCUGAUCCCACAAAGCCAGACAUAAAUGGAAAGACGCCUGUGGAUUAUGCCAUGUAAGAGUAAUUUUUGGUAGUGUGUUGCGCCUGAAUCACUUGGCCCAUAUCUUUGCAGCUUAUCCUGAUUUCAUUGCAUAGUUUCCUGGCCUUUUGCCACUCCCCUAGGGCCACCAUGUUAUUCUAUCAUAGACCACCUUCCUUCACUUUCUCAGCUUAACAUGUAACUGAAAAUUUAUUGUUACCUGUUUUAGUGCUGUGUUUUUAAAUGGUGAUUGUGUUCAGUAUUGUAAAGUUAAGUGACUUGCUUAAAGAAUGCUAAUGAAUGCUCUAAAAAUUAUUAUUUGGAAAGCAAUUUGUUAAAUAUUUUAUGCUCUUGUUUUUUCCAGGGAGGCUGGUUAUUCAAAUAUUGCACAUCGACUCAUAGAGGUUCAGUUUGAACUUACAGACAGACUCACAUAUUACUUAUGUGGCAGAAGACCUGGUAAAUGAAUGAUUUUUGUGUGAUCACCUUUGAAUUAGGGAGUACAAAGAGAAUCAAAGUAAUCCCAUAGAUACAGUCAAAAUACUCUUAAAGUUGUGACCUUAAGGUGAAGUUGUUUGUGUCUAGACAGUCCUGUAUGUUGAGUAGGUAAGUUGUGAUGACACCAACAGACAUUUGAUUCACAUCUCGCUGCACAUAUGUGUGUUUGUUUUAUUUCAGAUCAUCAAAAUGGUGUUCACUACCUUAUACCAACCAUGGCAGACAGGUCUAGUACUUUGCUCAAUUUUCUCAAGUAGCUCUUUCUAGUAAUUUUGAUCUGCUGGAAACACAGUCUAUGGCUCUUGAUAACUAAAUCAGUUCUGCUUUAAUAAUAUGAGCCAAGUAAAUCACAUUCAAAAGUAGACAUUUUGCCUUUUUACACAGUAACUAACAGAAAUUUCACUGUUGACAUUGAGAUCAUGGAAAUGAUAUGGCAGAUUCCUUUUGUUAUACACCUGCUUUCUAAUGUCUAAUUGUUGCAUCAGAACAUAGCUGUGAUUUUUCUUAAAUUUGGAAUGAGGUUCUCCUAAGAAUGGACGACUCACUGUGAUUGGCCUCUACAGGGAGAGAAAUUAAGUUUGGUCCUGGGAAUAUACUACUUUUAGGGCAACAUUAUGUUACACCCCAAAGAAUAGUUGCUUAGGGCAAAGGAAAAGGUGGUGUUAAUCUUUAAGAUAGAAUAGUUUAGGUUAAGAAAUAAUUUUUCAUGUGGUAAUCAAGGAUUUUGAACCAUGCAACAUCCAAAAUCUUGUUUAACCAAUCUUGUCCCUUAGGUAUCAUAGAGGAAAAAAUUAAAUUUAUCAUCCUUCAAUACUGUUGUGUGGUAAAUUUACAUAAUGAUCAUUUAUACACCAAUGAAAUGCUAUUUUAUAUACAUGUAAUGCAUCUGAAAGUCUUCUUUAAUCUGUGAUACUUCAACAGUCGCUUGGAUUUGUCAGAUGAUGCACAGAAGGCAAAAUUAAAGCUACAAGCAGUAAGUAAAUGAAAUUUUAUUAAAGCAUGUAGUAACUUCCAUAAACUGAAGAAAGCCAUCUUAUUUGACGUUACUUGUCUUUUUUUGUUAGCUGAUUGUUAUUCAAGAGUUUAGCAGUUAUAAUAACGAAGCGUCUUAAACCUUUAACUCCUAGAAGUGAUUGACAUGGACUUUCUGCAUAAAAUAUCAUGACAUUGUUCAGCAAAUAGGCUAUGAGGAUACUCAAACCUAUCAAGGCAUGUAGAAGUUGGGUUACCUGUCGUUUUGUAACCAUGGUUGUUUGUACCCAUGGUUGUUUCAUACUCAUAGUUGUUUUGUACCCAUGGUUUUUUCUUACUCAGUUGUUUCAGCAGGCUGAAGGGAGACUUAAUCAGAUCUUGGAAGGUUAAAAAUUUAGUGUUACUUCUGCAUAAAUUUGGUUGCUGGAACUUACUUUAAGUUGUGUUUUUUUACUUGGUUUAUCCUUAGUUAAGUCAUCAUCUCUUUGAAGAACUGGCAUCUGAUGUGUAUGAUGAAGUAGACAGAAGGGAGUGUGAUGCAGGUAUUGAAGCUGUAAUAGACAAGUUUUAAUUUGUGCUGAACUUGAGGAAACAUUUGAACUUUAUCUAUCUUGACUAUGUAGAUCAAUUCCUGUUAUUUGUUGUCAUUCUAUUUCAUGAUUGUAGAGGAGCAUUUUUGAUUCAUAAGCAUAAAACUUACUUUCUAGUUGUUAGAUUUGGAAAAUAUAUGAUCUCAUCAUCAUUCUAUGGUAUGGCUGGAACUUGACAGAUUAGUCUGAAAUGGUUUUGAAUUCUUUAAAUGGGGUUUGGCUUUGUCUGUAUCACGACAGGGUACAGAUUGAACCACACCCGUUUUGAAGAUUUAUUUCCAAUACCAUCCCCUAGAGUGAUUUGAGUGAGGUCCAUGCGCAACCCAGCAAAAUAUGUUGAGCAAAAUGUAAUCCAUUUGUUCUAUAAUGCAGAGAAAUGAAAUUAAAAAGCAACUGGAACUUUGGACUCAAGGCUCCACCUUUUUCUUGCUGUCAAAGUUCCUGCUGAACAUUUCCGGUGGCCUUUACAAGCUCUAUGAAUGGAUUGGUCUUAGAACGUGUUGGAUAUACAUGACAGUCUUUAACUUGUUUCAAAUUUUUCCCCUCAGUUUGGCUAGCAACACAGAAUCACAGCGCUCUUGUUAGAGAUACCACAACAGUACCAUUUCUUCCUGUUAAUCCUUCGUUCUCUUCAACAAGAAACCAGGUAAAGUGGUAAAUAUUUUGGAAACGUAAAAUGCUCCUAAACAACUAUCCUACCAAUCCUUUAGCACAAAUUUGGGAAAGCUGAUUAUUUACAGUGUGUAUUAGAGAUUUUCGUACUGUUGUUUCAUCUCAAACCUGUCUCUAUCUAGAUUUGGGGUUCAGUCAAAAAGCCUUUUGAUGUAAGAGUUUUUCCAAUAAAUUUCUGAUCUCCCAAACUUUCAUUAUCGUCAUUGUUAUUACUAUUAUCAUUAUUAUCAGUAUCAUUUUAAGAUUGGUAGCAUUUCAAAUUUCUGAAAAUCACUUAAUCCCUCAAAGCUCAAACAUUGAGAAUGUCAAUCCUGAUUAUUAAUUCAAUUGGGUGGUUUUUUAGGGAAGACAGAAGUUAGCUUUGUUUAACGCCAAAGAAUUUGCAACAUUAAUUAUUGAUAUAUUGAAUGACGCAAGACGGAGAGAACAAGACUCCAAUCCUGACUUAACUCAAGGUACUGUACACGAUCCUAAAUUCAUUAUGAUAUACUUCAAUAUCAUCACCCUAAGUUUUUUCGCUUUAGUCCUAUCCAGUGUGAUAUUAUAAGAUAUCAAUUCAUAAACCUCAAGUCACUUCCCUAAUGUGUACAAUUUUAAGGGCUGAGUAAACUCUGAGUUCAAGCACGUCCAUUGUAGCUUGUGCAGCGCUCAGCCCAGUGGGUGAGGGAGCAAGAUAACAAGCUUACCAAAUACCGCAAUCUACCUACUCCGACCCCAUUAGACAUGUGGUUUGGGGGGAUCUUUGAGCCUAGCCUGAAGAGCAGGCGUAAUUUUGGCGAGCAGAGUGCUCAUUAUUUUCUUAACAAAAAUUGUUUUUGUCAACUUUGAUUUUAAUGGCAACGGAAGCCUGGGAAGAGAAAGAAAUUUGUAUCGAGGGGGGAGUCAACGGUCAAAAAUAAGGACAGGGGUGGGGGAAGGGGAGUGAAGAUUCUCGUCCUCACCACCCUACCCCCACCGUGCACUGCUUGUCUAAUAUUUUGUUUUUUGUUUUAAUUCCGUUUUCUUCCUCACGAUAUUCUUAUUUAUCCAGCCUUUGGUACUUUGUUAGGUUUUGUUGAAUCACACAUUUUCCCUAUUGAAGAAGAUGCCUAUGAUCACGAAUAUGAUGAAGUACCUUCAGACGAGGAACCAGCGGAUAAGGAAUCCACACCGGAGGUGACAGUCUUCUUGUUUUCAUCACAUCAGUGCCGCAGAGGAAGAUAUGGAUAGUUUCUUGCUCGUGACAAACCAUCAAACUUUUAGAGUACACUCAAUUAUAUCACGUGCAAUUCUCUCUCAGUGUAAAUUUUCUUGUGCUUUUUUUCAUUUCGUUUAUUUGUUUUUUGGUUGUUCAUAUAUUUUUCGGUGUCUUGAGGCUGUGGAAAUGAUAUUCUAAUGGCAAUUCAAUAACUGAGGAGUCGGGUAAAAAGUUUUAUUCUUUCUAACAUGCUUCUGUUACUUAUUUCAGAACCCCUCAACAAUGACUACUAAAGUGCAGAUCGAAAAGGUGGAUAUAUUUUAUAGAAAUGCCGCCAUGAUGUGUUUAUCUUUAUCACCAGUACCUCGGCAAAAUAAACAUGUUAUCCUCAAAAUUGUAGUUACUCGAAUUGCAAAAAUCAACGAGAAGAUCAAUAAUAUACAUGCCAAUUCAUUCACAACCGAGAUUGUUCCUGGUGCAGUCAUCCCUUUUGGGGUACAAGACCUAAACCUGAAGCAGUCGCAAGGGCCAAGUAGAACAGAGAAUAAUCCUUGAGGGAGCCGUUGAAAACUCAAAGUAUACAUUGCACAUGUUACUGUCGCUAAAAGGGAAAAUGCGAGUGACCGAGUUUUUGAUGGAUUAGUUUGAGUUUUUCUGUCUCACUGGCCGGGUUUAGAGGGCGCGAGAGUUUUGUCAACCAACCGUAGAGCGCUGUAAAGAAAAGGUGAUGCUGCCAAAUGUUAUAUUUGACACCUAAUUGUAAAUUACUUAAAUUUAGUUGACUUAAGAUCACUCUCUCUAUGCUUGCAGGGAACAACUACAAGCUUUUUGGCUAAUGACUCCGUUCCUGUGGAACGUUAUCUAGCGGUGGAAAGUGCUUUGGCGACGGCUAAUGUAGGUGUACUUCAGUGUAAAAGGUCUCUUCAAGUACAUACGUAAAUAACUCGGGAAACACCUUUAAUGUGGAGUGACUUUACAAGAAGAUGAUUGCCCCGCCAAAAUUUUUCAAAAUCGCUGUUUUCAUCCUCAUCCUUAACAUUCUUGUGAUUGUUGGCUCCAGUCUUUCCCGUUUGGAGUUUGUCUGUGCAGGUGAACUGAUGUUUCAAUGUUUCCUUCUAUUCAAAGGAAAUUUGUUACGUCGCCAAAAUACGGCAUAAGUUAUUGAGGCGUACAAAACCUACUGUAUCUUUCAUUGGUUAGAUGGGUUUUCUCGCUUCCCUCUCCCACCUAAUGAGAUUGCCGUCUUUACCCUUUACAUCCUAACAUCAGUAUUCAUUAAAAAUUGAACUGUAACCAGGAUAUGACAUAGUAAAAAAGGCAACAAAAACGUUCUCUGGUUAAAAAGGUUUUAAGAUAUGAACUUUCGGCUAUUAUACUAUAGCCUUUAACGAAUGUAAAAAAUAAGCGCGUGAAUGGAAACAUAUACAGGGAAGGGUGUGAAAAAAUUAAAAACUAAAAAAUACAAUAGAAGUGUGAAAAGCUAAAAAAUGGACAAUAAAACAAAAUCAAAUUACAAUAAGAUAGAAUAUUGUCUUGGUAACGGUUUAGAGUUAUUGUCUACGCCGACAGUUUUUGCGGUAUGCCAAGAUUCUAGUGUUUUUCGAACGCGGAAUUCAAUUCAUAUAAUUCAAAGGCAAUUACCUUUAGCUUUUCACACUUCUAUUGUAUUUUUUAGUUUUUAAUUUUUUCACACCCUCCCCUGUAUAUAUUUCCAUUCACGCGCUUAUUUUUUACAUUCGUUAAAGGCUAUAGUAUAAUAGCCGAAAGCUCAUAUCUUAAAACCUUUUUAACCAGAGAACGUUUUUGUUACCUUUUUUACUAUCAGUAUUCAUAUUCUCCAUACUGUUCUCUGUACAUCAACUAUGGUGCUGUUAAGGAGAAUUUGUCUAACAUUCAAGAGUUUCUUUAGUUGAUGAUCAUUUCCUUUAUUCUCAUGACAUUAAUGUGUGAUUCAGUGAUGAUGCUGUAAGGAGAAAUUAGAUGCUAGUCAAUAUAAGGGGUUAAGCAAGCGUUCCGGAUUAGCUGAGAGUAGUUUUGUAGUUUUGUUUACCAUUUGGUAGCGCUUGGCUGAAGUGCCCUCUUUUGCUUCAUCCCAAGGCUCGUGUACAACAGCUUUUGCAAGUUAAUGCGAACCAGAGUCACGAAAUUCAGAAUCUCCAAGCAAUGGUGAGUAAAUCAUCACUGAAGCUUCAAAAAGUCGGUUAAUAGAAGGAUGGAGAGAGGGUGUGGCUCACACUAUGGUGCGAUAGGACUUAUGGCUCUUAAAUUUUUAAUUUGGAUGUACCUUAAGAAGGCCGAAACGUUGCAUUAAAUCGCCGGAGUAGUUUAGAAUUUAUCUUCAGUCUCUUUUUCUUACAUGAUCUACACAUACUGAACAUUUCGGAGAAGAUACCAGUAUCUUCUGGAUCCCCUAACUGGGACUUACUCGUUCGGUGACCAGUUCACAUUUUCUCUCUAUAUACAUAUUUUUACACUUUUUACUGAUUUUUCCGAUUUUCUUGGUUUUUUAGGUUCAUAAGUUGGAGGACGAAAACAAGAACUUGAAAAGUCAGUUAGGAAUACUAAAUGGCAGCGAUGACAAUGUGUUUGCGCCGCCAGUAAGUAUCACUGACUAAUAUGUGCUAAGUUAACAAAUUUACAAGAAAAAUACGAACACUGCUUAGGCCUCAAAAAAAGCUUUCUUGCUUGCCUUUUUCAGGCAGAUGUCAAGAGCGUGACUUAUAAUUAUUAUUAUUCAUUUAACCAGGCUUACCCAGACGCCAGCGACGAAGAGGAUCACGUGGACAUCGAAAACAUAGAACCGUAUGCUUCCCCAGGCUCUCUCUUAAACCGCACUACUCAGCAAACUCCCCUUGGGCAGCCUCAGGCAGGGGAAAUGACCAAAACUAAAAAAGUCAAUCCCUACGAUAAUGUAACUGAAUCGCCAGAUGACCCAGACGGAGAACGAAGAUAUCUCAAUAUUGAAGAGAUGAGGGAACACGAAAGAAUGAGUUCCUGUGAGUGUUUUUUUAUGUUUACAUUCAUAUGUACUUUUCGUCGAAAGAUUCAUAGAAAGUUUGCGAAGUGAAGAGAUCUUGAAUUUUAUAUAAUUGUAGGAAACAAAUUGUCGAUUCAUUAGAGUUGACCCGUGUUAUAUUUAUGUUAAAAAUCAUCGAAACGCCUGUAACAGGACAAGCCAACCGAUUGUCCGUCGUAAAAUGAGAAAAUCCAACAUCUGCUGUUUUUGCAUCGUCGCGGCAUACUUAAAAAAUGAAUUGUCUCUUGAGAAAGCUGCUACCAGUGUCAAAAAGAUACCAUGAAACCAUGAUUUGAAGCAAUCAAAUAUUUAGUAGUGAGAAAUGUCUUCCUUAUUUUUCGAUUGGUGCUGAUAAGAAUGCUAACAUUUUCUUUUAAUCAGCGGACAGUCCCUUUGAUGAACAACUGGAUAGAGAGGCUGAGAAGUUGAUCCAUGCUGUAGAUGAUUUAGUUAACGAAGCCACGAAAGAUUCCAGACCGCAGCCAUCACAAGAGGAUGUUGUGCGGUGCACAGAACAGAUCACCAAAAAAAUUCAGGAACUGUUGCUAUCAGCGCAGGCUGGGAGACACAGUUGGUGAAUAUCCAAACUCUACUUACAUUUUUUACUGCAUUGUUCAAUUCAAUCAUUGUAGAGACUGAAUGCGAGUUCAUGUUAUUUGUCAUGCUAACCCAUAGAAUUCACUAAUGAGCUUUAUGUUUCUAUUGCAGUUUUAUUCCCUGCUCGAGUAAUAUUUUCACGGCUGUUAACGACAUGGCUAGCUUAUUUCCAGAGGUAUAAUAUUUGAUUUUAGUUUAGAGAUGAGUUAGUUUUACGCUGUACAUAUGGAAACUUCCUGUGCUUGUUUUUUGCGCAGAGGAGCUUAGCUGUUUACUUUGGUAGGAAACUUUAAAUCAAUGAUUACCAAGAGUGACCUUUUGUCUUUUGUUCAGGACCCAGACGUGGACAGUAUGCGUGUCUCGCUGCAGCUGAUGAAGAGCAGCGCUGCUAGGCUGCAGGUCGAAUGCAAGAGUGCUGUAUUGCCUGGUAACACGGUAGAUAUGGCAUUUCUCACCCAGCAGGUCAUACAGUGCGCUUACGAUAUUGCUAAAGCUGCCAAACAACUUGUCACGACGUUUUCAGUUGAUUAGAGGCUCUUAGUUCCAAGGAAAUGACAAUAAGAGAUUCCAAGAAAAAAAGGGUCUCCGUGGCAUCUCUAGGAAUACAAAUCCAAGCUUUUCUUUGCUGGGAGACGGAGAAAUAACCUCUCUGCGACGGAGUAGUUAUUUUUUUAGUCGAAGUAGUGCAGCUGAAAUCCUCCAGUUAUGAUUGAGUUCUACCCUGCCAUUAUUUUUUGUGGAGUUCAGUUGAGUCAUUUGUUCGAUUUAUCAGUCGUGUGUCAGUCUCUACUUUUUCUCGUUUGACUGGUUUUUUUUUAUGGUGAUCCAUUUAGUUUUGAUUGGUGGCGCAGUAGAACUCGGUCGUACAAGUACAUACAAAUAUUUAAGUCAAACAUUUAGUUGGUUUGUAGCUUAAAGCAUAGAAUUAUGUAGUCUUUCGUCAGUGUUUUGAAAUUUUCUCUCGAAGCAGGGCAGCGUCAUUCCAAGGUAUACCAAAAAAAUCAUUUGGACCAAAAGGAAAGGAAAACUUCAGACACUACUGCUCUUGGAAAUAUUUUAAAUCUCCUUAUCGAGCCAUCCCAUUUAAUGGGAAAUUGUCCUUUGGCCGUCAUAAACUGGCUUCAACCCGCUUCGGGAAAUUCCAAGCUAUCUCGCCCGCUUCCAUGGCCAUAACGCAGAUUUUACUUCAGUUUCUCCGCCGGUGUGGCGAGCUUUCGUUGUUUUGCUUUAAACGUGGAGAAGAAAUUGUACGCGUAGUGUUGUGGUCGUUACAUCUGGUAUGAGGGUUUUUUUAGACGAGCAGGCAUUGAAUAAUCAAUACACAAGCUUCGCUUAAUAUUUGAUUUUAUACACUAAGCAAAAAGUUUCCUGCCCCUCCUCUCGCCGCCCCUCAUCCUCUCUCAUGUGUUCACGGAAGCCCCCAUUUUUUUUCCCUUUCCAACUUGUUGAAAAAUCAUGUUAAGGAACUGACAUCGAGAGCUCGCUCUACAAGAAUGCCUCUACGAAACAUGCAAGGAAUACAGUUAAGGUUUGGAAAUUAUGGUUGGCAACUCGAUUGCCAACCAACUCCGUUGAGAACAGGAGUAGUGGUUAAAAUAACUAAGACUACGUUUUUGCUUUACCGAACGGAUCUUUUAUUGUUGGAAACUUCGUUCAUUUAGGUGCAGCUUCCUCACGGACCCAUGCCAACCGUUUUAAAAUUCAGACAUCUACUAACGAAUAUCAAGUCGAUAUGCUGAAGAAUCCAACCGGCGGGACGACGUUAUCACUUUCGUCCAAAUUUUUGUACGGCAUAGGCUCGUUUGUAUGGGUGAGGGGUAACUCAGUUUCCUUUCAAAGUAUGUUAUUCGUGAAUGUGUACCAUAUGAUAAAGAAAAUUAUUAUGAUUAAUGUACUUAAUAACAGAUUAAUAUAGCGUGUAAUUCAAAGGUGAUGAUGAUUAAAAGAAUGAUUUUUAUUU